CAUGAAUUGGAAAGAUUCAUUUAUGUCUACACUUUCUUCUCAAACUACAUCUGAUGUUAGUUUUACAUCUAUACUUACCCUUUCAGAGUCUAGACGAACGUCGGUAUACGUUAACGAGGCCCUCCUACCAAAAAAUGGAUUAUUAAGAAAAGCUCAUUUAGCUAAAGCGAAAUCGUCUGGAUUUUCGCAGUUUGCCCACAGACUAUUCAUAUUGCUGUAUUGCGGCUCAAUUGUACAAAGCUUCGUUACUGCCCUUCUCUUCGUUUUUCCAAUGUCUAUGCUAUUAUUAGGAAUUGUCUACUUUAAACACUGCCCUCGACAACAUUACAUACCAAUUUAUUUAUUCGUUAUGGGAAGUUUUGGAGUAGUAAAGGCGCUAUUUAACACAGUUAGACAAGUAAGGAGGAAGAGGGACGAAGAGGAAGACGAGAUGGAAAGAUGCAAACCAAAUCCAGCUUCGAUUCUUAUUAAUUGUUUUCUAUUCGCAUGGUUUUGCACAGGGAGUCACUGGGUUUUUGAAAUGUACUACGAUUAUAAUUCAACAAAUGUUAAUGAUGAUAAAUAUUGCAGUGAGAAAUUGUAUAAAUUCGCCUUUUGGAUUACCGUUGCUGGUUGGAUUGUUCUUGUUCUUGUUAUUCUCUCCUAUUUUAUUCUUCUGGUUAUUUUCCACGUUAAAAUUGGUUCUUCUUUUAUUGAAACUGAUGUUAGAUCAAUUGAGAAGAGAGAUAGGAGAGAAUCUCAAGCAGCCUCUGUUUAG